AUGUUCGGAUUUUUCCAGAGCAGAUUUUACGAUUUCGAACUCACGCGUCUUCUGGGUAGCACUCCGUUUGGCGGUUGCGAUGUGGCGGAAUUCCUCGAGGCCAUAGGUAAGAUCAAGAAGCACGAUCCAGAAAGCUGGUAUGGUGCCUGGCGCGAACAAGGCGAGCAGCCUACCUACGAUCCUCUAAUUACUUCCGCGCGUGCUCCUAUAUGCUCCCCCAGCUCCGACACCCGGGUCUUGGAGAACGCAGGAAGAUCCAUCGAGAUAUUUCGAGAAGCAAUCAGGUGUAUGGAUGAAAAGGUCAUGAUACUGCAGAUCCCACUGGGGGAUGGAAGCUCACUUCCUGGAUACCUCUAUCUCCCAUUACCAUCCAAGCGUCCAAAGGGGGCGAAGGUCCCCGUACUGAUCAAUUGCGGAGGGGCUGACGCCACGCAUGAAGAGUUGUAUUAUUUAUAUGUGGUAAACGGGGUUGAAUUGGGGUACGUUGUACCAACCUUCAAGGACCUGGGGCAAGGGAUGGUCUUACGAAAGGAUCGGAUCCCAAUGAGGCCCGACUACGAAACCGCCACAGAGAAGGUAUUGGACCAUGUAGUUGAUAUUGCAACGACAUAUCCAGAGCUGGAUCUGGAUCUGGACCGCAUUGCGGUAGUGAUCGACGCAGAAGACCACAGCGCCGAUAUUGGGGAAAAGAAUCCAGUAAAGGAAUUCAAGAAGACCAUUAGAAGCUGGUCCUAG